GAAGGAGUCAGACCGAGGUUCCUCUGAAUCUGUAGCUGACGCUGUGAUCGUUUGCGGCGUUGAAGCAGAGGAGAGAAAAAUCUGAAACUGGACACUCGUCUUUAAAAUGGAUGUCAAACGGAUAUUUCGACAUGAGCUCUUUUUAACGUUUUUCCUCUGCUGUGUUAAUGGACAAACAUCAGAGCCGUUUUUUCUGGUGACAUUUCCUGCUGUGAUCCAGUCAGGAUCUGAAGCCAUACUGUGCACAAGUGUCCUGAAGCCCAUAGAUGGUCUAAUGGACAUCUAUCUUGUAGGAAAGGAUAACCAGACCACGUUACUGUUGCAAAAGAAAACCAAUGAAGAGUUACAUCAUUGCGUUAACUUCCAGGCACCUUGUGUAGAUGGAGAAUCGGUGCAGAAAAUUUGGGUUGAAGUUACGGGAUUGUCUUUCAAGUUGUCUGAAGAAAGAAAAGUGAUGUUUAGGUCUUACCAUCCUUUGACCUUCAUUCAAACUGAUAAACCCAUUUAUAAUCCAGGACAAAUGGUGUAUUUCAGGGCUGUUACCAUGAAUAGCUAUUUUGUUCCUCUUGAUCAGAUGUACUCUAUGGUAGUGGUGGAGGACAGUCAGAGUAAUAGGAUUGGUCAGUGGACAAAUGUUUCCUCAAUAAGGUGGAUUUUGCAGCUUUCUCAUCAGUUAAACCCAGAAGCCCGUCAAGGCAUGUACGCACUGAAAGCUUACAUUGGUGAAAGGAUGAUCGUGCAUAACUUUGAAGUGAAGAAGUAUGUUCUGCCCAAGUUUGAAGUGACAGUUAAAACGGCGCAGACACACAGUGUUGGUGAAGAAGAACUGAAAAUUGAAGUUUGUGGGAAGUACACGUACAACCAACCUGUACCUGGUAGAGCGUGGGUGGAGGUGUGCCGUAAUCCAUUUGAAUAUGUUUCUGUUCCUGGAGUGGUUCGUCCCUGUUUGAACAAAACCGCUGUGAUGAAUCAGACUGGUUGUGCCUCAUUUACAUUCAACACGUCAGCCUUUACAAACUUCAGAUUUGAGGAUUAUCUGCAAGAUUCUCUUGUUGUUCAAGCAAAUCUCACAGAGGAGGGAACAGACACUGUCAUGACAAAAUCUGAAACCGUAUCCCUGACGUAUGAAAUUGGGAAGGUCACCUUUGUUGAUCUCCCUGAUGUUUUUGAACAUGGAUCAGUUCUAGAAGGAAAGAUCAAAGUUGCACAGUUUAAUGGAACGCCAAUUCAUAACACAGCAGUCUAUCUGUUGGAAGGUCAAAGUUGGGCUUCAAAAGUGCUCCAGAAUCUCACUACAGGCAGUAAUGGACUCGUCUCCUUCUCUCUUAAUACAGCUGGUAUUCCUAACAGUGACUUAAAUCUGAUGGCAAGUGUGACUCCAGAAGUGCGUUAUACUUAUAAAAAGCCAUACUUCACUACUGACGAAAAAACUAUUCGACCUCUCCAGCCUGCCACAUCGUACAACCAAACUUUCAGUGAACUGACUAUAGAGAAAAUUGAGCAGCCGUUAAAGUGUGAUACUGAGACUACCGUAACCAUUAAGUAUAACUUUGUUGGGGAGACUGCUAGCAACAUUAACACUGCAGUCAUCUAUAUGGUUUUGUCCAGAGGAGUGAUAGUUCAUCAUGGAUAUAAUAAUGUUAAUGUGAAGACUUCUAAUGGAGCAGCAAGUGGCUCGUUCUUAUUCAAACUGUUUGUUGGAGCAGAUCAGAGUCCAGCUGUACAGAUUCUAGCAUACUGUCUUCUGCCCAGUGACAAUGUGGUUGCUGGCAACACAGUUCUUGACAUCGAAAAGUGUUUUAAAAACCAGGUGUCUGUGCAGUUUUCUCCUGCUUCAGCAGUUCCAGGUGAAGAAAACACUGUAAAACUGUCCGCUCGGCCUGGUUCACUGUGUGGCGUCAGUGCUGUAGAUCAGAGCGUUCUCAUCUUGGAAUCAGGAAGACGUCUGAAUGCAGAGAAGAUCUUCGGCCUGUUGCCAGUGCAGUCAGUAUCAGAUUAUCCAUAUGAUGUUGAAGAUGAGCAGGAGUGUCUUAAAGUGAGGCCUCGUCGAGACGUCCGAAUAGACAGUGCAUAUGAAGCCUUUAAGGCUGUGGGCUUGAAGGUCGCUACAAAUCUGGCUGUAAGAGAACCUCAGUGUCUGACAUAUAAAGGCCUCAAUUAUCAGCGCCAUUUUUAUGAUGUGUAUUAUGGGCGUAACCCAGGGAUUUUUGCGAUGUCUGGGGCACUAGAAGUUGAAAGUUUGCCUGAAGUUACUUCUGCUUUUGAAGUGACAAUUCGAACAGUCUUCCCAGAAACUUGGAUCUGGCAACUUGCUGAAGUAGGGGUCUCUGGUUUAAUGCAGAUUCCUGUGAAGGUUCCUGACACCAUCACCACCUGGGAGACGGAUGUCUUCUGUCUGUCCUCUGAAGGUCUGGGUCUGGCUCCUCCUGCUCAACUGACAGUUUUCCAGCCCUUCUUCCUGGAGCCCUCUCUACCUUACUCCAUCAUUCGUGGAGAGAUCUUUGAGCUGAAGGCCACCGUCUUCAACUAUCUUUCCAAGUGCAUCAUGGUUAAAGUAACUCCAGCUCCGUCCUCAGACUUCACUCUUAGACCCUCAAUUGGAUCUCCAUAUUCAACAUGUCUGUGUGUCAAUGGGAGAAAGACUUUUUCAUGGGUUCUUACUCCACUUGCUCUUGGAGUCAUGAAUGUGACCAUCAGUGCACAGGCAAUUUCUCAAGGCAUGUGUGACAAUGCGAUUGUGAGCGUGCCAGAGAGAGGACGUGUUGACAUAGUCACUCGAAGUCUACUUGUAUUGGCUGAAGGAGUUGAAAGAACAAUAACCUACAGUUGGUUGUUAUGUCCACGGGGAAGUAGAAUUUCAGAGGAGGUGAUGCUGACACUUCCAUCAAAUGUAAUCCGGGGGUCAGCCAGAUCUUCUGUCUCUGUACUUGGAGACAUUUUGGGCCGUGCGUUGCAGAAUCUUGAUGGAUUAUUACGGAUGCCGUACGGCUGUGGAGAACAAAACAUUGCUGUUCUUUCUCCCAAUAUUUACAUUUUACAGUAUCUGGAGAACACUGAGCAGCUCACCUCAAACAUCAGAGAGAAAGCAGUCGACUUCCUAAAGAGUGGAUACCAGAGACAGUUGAACUACAGACAUCCUGAUGGUGCGUUCAGCACUUUUGGAUUUGGCGAUGGUAAUACAUGGUUGACUGCAUUUGUCAUGAGGUCCUUUGGCAAAGCACAGAAAUACAUCUUCAUUGAUCCAAAUGUUAUUAAGAGUGCAACAGAUUGGUUCAUAAGCAAACAGGGUCCAGAUGGCUGUUUUAUGCAGCAGGGGCGACUGUUCAACAAUGGAAUGAAGGGUGGAGUGAAUGAUAAUGUGACCAUGACUGCCUACAUCACUGCAUCUUUCCUUGAACUGGAAACUCCAGUGACUGAUCCUGUGCUCACUAACAGUUUGUCCUGUUUGAGGUCCGCCGUUGGGAAUUUUAAAAACACUUACACUACUGCACUACUUGCCUACACUUUCAGUCUGGCUGGAGGCACUGACACCCUACAGCAGCUUUUAAAAGAGCUAGAUACUCUUGCCAUUUCAGAUGGAGGUCUACUGCACUGGACUCAGAUGGGAUCUAGUGAUAAUUCUGGUUCUCUUGGAGUGGAGAUCAGCUCAUAUGUUCUGUUAGCUGUUCUUAAUGCACAUUCACCCACUACAGCUGGUCUGGGAUAUGCUAACAGGAUUGUCAGGUGGCUUGUGAAGCAGCAGAACGCCUAUGGAGGAUUCUCCUCUACACAGGACACAGUUGUGGCUCUUCAGGCUUUGUCUUUGUACGCCACCAAAGUGUUCAGCUCUGAUGGUUCCAGCACAGUGAUGGUUCAGUCAGCAGGAGACUCUCACAGCUUUGAUGUGAAUCAGGGCAACAAGUUACUGUAUCAGGAGAAGAGACUGAAGAACGUUCCUGGCAGAUAUACUAUUAGUGCGACGGGCUCAACCUGCGUGUCAGUGCAGAUCAGCUUAUUCUACAACAUUCCAACACCUGCUCAGACCACCAGAACUUUGAGCGUUGAAGCAAAGCUUACAGGAGAUUGCCUUGUGGCAUCUGGUCCAAAUCUCAUCAUGGACUUCUCUGUCAAAUACAAUGGGCCGCAGGCGAGCACUAAUAUGGUCAUAGUAGACAUUAAACUCCUAUCAGGUUUCACGGCAGACACCUCAACGCUUGGAACUACACCCCAGUCAUACGCACCACUGGUUGAACGGGUUGAUUCAGAAGAUGGUCGUGUCAUUGUGUAUUUAAAGGAGGUUCCAAAAAAUAUUCCAAUGAGUUACAGGCUACAAAUGAAACAACUCUUUCCAGUGAAAAGUCUCCGUUCUGCUGUGAUCAAAGUCUAUGACUACUAUCAACCAAGUGACCAGUCUGAGACUGCUUAUUCCUCUCCCUGUGCAUGAGAGCAUCCAGCCUCAGGACAGUUGAUGCUUUCAUUCUUAUUUUGCAAGCUUAUUCUCGUCUUUCUCAGCCUUCUGCUAAUAAAUAAAAAAUGAAUGUUA